AUGCAGCGACAGCCAUAUGCUCCACGGUUGAAGCCAACAUCACGAAGACAACAUCGACUGCCGCUCGAGAUCAGUAAUAUGCAAGAUGCGGAAGCAGGAUCACCAUCAGCAUCACUCACGCGUGCUACUAAUCUUGCUCUUGGUGCGGCUGCGGGUGCGGGAACAACAACUACAGCUACAACAAGAGGACAGCAUCAUCAGGAGCAGAAUAUAGAUGAGAACGAUCCGCUUCACCUUCAGGCACGAGCGGCAGCGCCCCUGUCUGUCUUCCGAGAGCGAAGCCGAAAUGAUGAAGAAGGUGAUCUAUUGGUAGAUGAGUUUCUCGUCGGGAACGAGGAUAAAGGACCGCAAUUUCGUGCGCGUCUCCAACUAGAUCGCGAUCUGCGUGCGGGUCUGCAAGUGCAUGAUGAUGAUUCUAAAGCAGAAACGCCGAAUCAACAUUCGUCCUGCAAAAGAGCAGAGUCGCAU